UCAAUAAACGGCAGGGAAAAUCCAGUUUAUUUUCGAACUCCGAUUGGGCAUGAUUUGUUGAUAAAAAUUUAAGUAAGACUAAAAUCGUUCGCCCACAAUGGAUGUCAAGCAGCAGUUGCAGCCGCAGGAUGUGCAUAAGGAUCGCGGCGAGGUAACCACGGGCAGCAAGGACGUCGAGCUGGAGGAGCACAUCGAAGACUUGGCCAGAAACUCCAGCUUGACCACCGUGUGCAGCACUUUUCCCUUGACCUCGAGGAUCGAAAGCUACCAUCACUGGCAGCCGAUGGACGUCAGUAGUGGGCAGGAGGACAUCUUGGGACGCGAAUUGAAAAUGGGGAGUGAGCGAUUGGUCCAGCCGGUCAUGUCCAUUCCACUCGCCCUGAAUGCCAUACAUCCCUGACGCCAAAUUAAAUAAAUUCCGUUUAU